AUGAUCCGUCGUCGACUUGUGCUUCUUCAGCAGUACGGGGCUCAAGGUAGCCCGUACCCCAUGAACUCUACUCCUCAAGAACACCCUCCCGGAGGUAGUGCACCAUCUCGCAUGAUGAUGCAGCGCUCACAGAAAAUGCUGCUUGAUCCCAGCUCUUUCAUUGAGCGCCCUCCGCGAAACACCUUUUUCAACAUUGUCCCACAAGGACACGAAUAUGUUGUGGAGCGACUUGGUCGCUAUCACCGCACACUGGACUCCGGAUGGUGGAUGGUGGUGCCCUUUAUAGACAAGAUUCGCUACAAUUACAACGUGAAGGAGCAAGGUAUCGAAAUCCCGAAUCAAUCAGCAAUCACAUCUGACAAUGUAAUGGUGGAGAUUGACGGUGUCCUUUUUCUCAAGAUUGUGGAUUCGUGCAAAGCCAGCUACAAUAUUGAGAACCCCGUGUUCAACUUAAUUAACUUAGCUCAAACAACGAUGCGCAGCGAGAUUGGGCGGAUGUCGCUUGAUAGCCUGUUCAGGGAGCGCGCCAGUCUUAACCAAAGCACUGUGGAAGUGCUCCGUCGAGAAGCAAAUGAGUGGGGUAUUGAGUGCAAGCGCUACGAGAUCCGAGAUAUUAUGGUGAGCGAGCUGGUGCGCCGCUCGAUGGAUCUACAGGCUGAGGCAGAGCGAAAGAAGCGCAAGCUCAUUUUAGAGAGCGAAGGUGAGUCGACUGCGACGAUCAACCGUGCUAAUGGUAUGAAGAUCGCGCAGCAGUACGUUGCAGACGCUGAAAAGUACACAGUGGAGCGGCAUUCAGAAGGCAAUGCUGCUGCCAUUCGAGUCAAGGCAGCCGCGGUAUCAGACAACAUUGCUAUCGUCUCCGAAGCGAUUGAAAAGGCGAAGCACGGAAACGAGGCUAUAUCUCUCCGCGUUGCAGAAAGCUACAUUGAGAAGUUUGGCGAACUGGCAAAAGAAUCUAAUACGGUGGUUAUGUCUCACCCAGUGAACGACCCUGCGAUGUUUGCAACCCAAGCACUCUCCGUGUUCAACACUGUUGCCACCUCGGCGACGAAGUCUUCGCCGAUAACUGGGAAGUAG